UUAAAUCAGCAGUGCAUACUCUUCGACUUGCGUUCUCUUCGCCGUUGCGUUUCUCUCGCCGUCACGUUUUUCUUCAACCUGCGUUCUCUUCGCUGUGGCGCGCUUCUUGCUUUACGUACACAACACUAUGCAAGCACUAGGUUCUUCACUCACAGUCCCAGAUUUCACUCUUCCGGUGCCCAGAUUCUCAAUUAAUUCCACUCCUCCAAAUUUUGCAUCUUUUGUAUCCACCCUGAGCCCCUCCAAGGUUGGAAUCAGAUUGAGUUUGACUUUUGGUUGUGGGGUUAGGAGGAGUAGGUGUGAUAGUUUUGGGGUCCAGUGUUUAGGGUCCAAUGGAGGAGAAAAUGAUGAUGGGUUUUACAUCAGAAGAUGUGUAGAGCUUGCAAGGAAGGCUCUUGGGUUUACCAGCCCCAAUCCAUUGGUGGGAUGUGUCAUUGUAAAAGAUGGGAAAGUUGUUGGUGAAGGCUUCCACCCUAAAGCAGGGCAACCUCAUGCUGAGGUGUUUGCUCUGAGAGAUGCUGGUGAUUUGGCACAAAGCGCAACGGCUUAUGUGAGCUUGGAACCUUGUAACCAUUUUGGUAGGACUCCACCUUGCACUGAAGCUCUAAUUAAAGCCAAAGUGAAAAAGGUUGUUGUUGGGAUGGUGGAUCCAAAUCCCAUAGUUGCCUCCAAAGGGGUGGAAAGAUUGAGAGAUGCAGGAAUUGAAGUAAUUGCGGGUGUAGAGGAAGAACUGUGCAAGAGCCUCAACGAGGCAUAUAUUCAUCGCAUGUUGACUGGAAAGCCUUUACUUACUUUGAGAUAUUCUCUUUCUGUCAAUGGGAACUUCUUGGACUUACUUGGAAAUGGAGUUACAGACUGUGGUGGAUAUUACUCAAGGCUAUUACAAGAAUAUGAUGCAGUCAUAACCUCUUAUUCCUUAUUCAGUGAAAAUUUGUCAAUUCCUACAUCUCAAGAACCUGGGGCCAACCAACCAAUUCGGAUUAUAAUACAUAAAGAUCAUAGUUCUUCGAAUCAAAUUCCACUUGCCAUCAAUGAAGUUGCUGGCAAAGUGAUAAUCUUUACGGACAAUAAAACAGAAAUAGCUCUAGAAGUGGCUCAACAAGGAAUUGAAAUUGUAGCUCUGGAUCAAAUAAAUUUGGAUGUGAUCUUGGAUUAUUGUAAUCGUCAAGGAUUGUGCAGUGUUCUGUUAGAUAUUAGAGGGAGUUUCAGUGAGUUUGAAGAGCUUGUUAAGGAGGGUAUCAAGAAGAAUUAUAUUAAUAAAUUUGUCACAGAAAUUUUGCCAGUUUGGAACGGAUGUGCUGAGCCAGAUCCUCUGCAGACAUUGAAGAGCUUAGAGCUAGGAGUAAAAGUGGUAAAUUUGAAGUCCAGGGCCUCUGAUCAGAGUGUUGUAAUUGAGGGGUGUUUUAAAGUUGAGUAAAUGGGAUCACAGGUGCCUACCAACUCCCAUUUACCAAUCUCAGUGUCAUGGAUUUUGUCGAGGCAUUGUUCACGGGUAGGAUCAGUAUGCUAUAGCAAGAUUUGCUGAAUGUUUUGAAAUGAUUCCAAGAACUUUGGCUGAGAAUGCUGGGCUAAAUGCAAUGGAGAUCAUAUCUUCUCUAUAUGCAGAAAAUGCAUCUGGAAAUGCCAAAGUUGGCAUUGAUUUGGAAGAAGGUGUUUGUAAGGAUGUCUCAACCUUGAGCAUUUGGGAUCUUCAUGUGACUCAGUAAGCUUUGGUCUAACACAAGCAUGUUUUAUCUAGUGGCAACCCCAUAGUUUGAGUAAAUAAUGAACUGGCGUUUCAUCAUUGUAAUGUAGAUUUCUAUAAAAAGCCUUGUCAUAUAAAAAUUAUGGAGCUAUUCUUUCAAGUGCUAAGAUUGGAAAUACCAUGUUGAAUCAGACUUUAUCUUCAUAUUGCCUGAUAGGCUAGUUUCAUCUUAUUGUUUCUGUUCAGGUUCUUUGCUCUUAAAUAUGCUGCGGAUGCUGCAUGCACUGUACUUCGGGUGGACCAGAUUAUUAUGUCAAAACCAGCUGGUGGUCCAAGGAGAGAGCAACCUGCAGGCAUGGAUGAAGACUAAAAUUGUGGG